UCUACAUGGGUGCUUUUGAGCUCUAGUUCAAACGCCUCCUCAUGGAGGAAAAAAGAAAAAAAAAAGGUCUCUAAAACAGCUAAUAUUGGCAAACACGAACAUAUAUUUUUAGCAAAUGGAAAGAAAAAGUAAACUUAAAAUAAAAAUGGAUAAUUUUUAGCAGUCAAAUUGGAGAAUGGUUCAAAAAAGAAAUGGAAUUUCUGUUUCUAGAAAUUGUUGCGUGAGCAGCGGCGGUUAUUUUUGAGUUUGCUAAUUUUAGCUCCAAUUUUCUACGAUUUUUGUAAUGCAUAAAAAGUACAGACUGGGGUUUCCUGAUCAACUGAGGAAGCUGCAUCUGUUGCAGCGUCCCAGCUUACGGUUGUUUGCUGCCGAAAUUCUUUGAUUGUUGAAUUCUUUUUCCCAUCGGAAGCAGCCUGGUUCCUCUGUUGGUUUUGGCUUGGUGAUGAUCACAUUAUUUUAAUUACUCUACUGAAGCUGCAUCAUCUUUAUUCCAUCUGUUGUUUUUGGAAAAACCAAUUUAACGAUGGCCACAGAAACUCUUCUUAAUCUGUGGGAAAACUUGGCUAAAUUGCCUCUUGUUGUGCUCUUGAAGGAUACAAGGAACGUUUUCAAUAUGGAUGAGUUAGCAGUAGAAAUAGCACAAAUUGCAGUUCCUGCUGCACUUGCUUUAGCAGCAGAUCCUGUUGCUUCUCUAAUCGAUACAGCAUUCAUUGGCCAUUUAGGACCUGUGGAGCUUGCUGCUGUGGGAGUUUCUAUUGCCAUUUUUAAUCAAGUGUCAAAGAUUGCAAUUUUCCCACUUGUCAGUGUCACAACGUCUUUUGUUGCCGAGGAAGAAAGUGCUGGAAAAUCGAGUAACGACGAAAAUGCAUCACUUGAAGAUGGUUUGCUUGUCAAUAAGGAAACGGAAGAGCUAUUACCUAAAUCUGGCAGCAUUUCCACCAAACGGCACAUACCAUCUGCUUCUUCAGCAUUGGUUAUUGCUUGUGUCCUUGGCGUAAUCCAGGCUUUAUUCCUCAUUUUCUCUGCAAAACCGAUCCUGAGCUACAUGGGUGUACAAUCUGAUUCCCCAAUGCUAAUACCAGCACAACAAUACUUGACAUUGAGGUCACUAGGUGCUCCUGCUGUUCUUCUUUCAUUAGCGAUGCAAGGGGUUUUCCGAGGAAUUAAGGAUACGAAAACUCCUCUAUUUGCUACUGUUGUGGGAGAUGUAGCAAAUAUCAUCUUGGACCCAAUAUUUAUAUUCGUAUUCAGAUUGAACGUCUGUGGUGCAGCCAUUGCUCAUGUUAUUUCUCAGUACCUAAUCUCCCUGAUUCUGUUGUGGAAAUUAAUUGAACAUGUUGAUCUAUUGCCUCCCAACAUUAAAGAUCUACAAUUUGGUCGAUUUCUAAAAAAUGGAUUUAUGCUGUUGAUGAGGGUAAUAGCUGCGACAAUCUGUGUCACCUUGGCUGCAUCAUUGGCGGCAAGACAUGGAUCUACUUCAAUGGCUGCAUUUCAGGUUUGCUUGCAGAUUUGGAUGGCAACUUCUUUGCUUGCAGAUGGGCUGGCUGUGGCUGGACAAGCAAUGCUUGCAAGUGCAUUUGCAAAUAAGGAUCACGACAGGGCCAAGGCCAUUGCUUCUCGUGUAUUCCAGUACGGUUUGCUUUUAGGCCUAGUUCUCUCGAUCUUCCUUUUCGGUGGACUACAGUUUGCUUCAAGAUUAUUUACAGAAGACGUCAAUGUUUUGAAUCUUAUUGCCGUGGGCAUCCCGUUUGUUGCAGCAACUCAAAUCGUAAAUGUUUUAGCCUUCGUUUUCGAUGGAAUCAAUUAUGGAGCAUCUGAUUUUGCAUACUCUUCAUACUCAAUGGUUUUGGUGUCAAUAAUAAGCAUCCUAUGCUUAUUUGCUUUAUCAUCUAGUCAUGGCUUCUUUGGCAUUUGGGUUGCAUUGACUAUUUUUAUGACUUUUCGCGCAUACGUGGGCUUGUUGAGAAUAGGAACUGGGACGGGACCUUGGAGCUUUUUAAGAAAAUGAGCUUGUUCAUCAUAGUUAGCAAAUACCAUCCUAGCCUAUUUGAAAAAUGAGAAAAUUUUAGAGAUCAUAGCAUUUUUGGCAUCUUUAUUAGUCACAGGUCUUUCAACCUGUAUGCAUUACAGUAGAUGUAUAUGCAAUCUUUUUGAGAAAAAAAAAAAAAAAAGAAAAAAAAGAUGUAGAUGCAAUCUAAUGUAAAUAAUUGCCAUCAUUAAUUCAACAGUGUUGGAGCGAUUGUUUUUUUAA